CAUCAUUAGGCCUAAAAUAUGAGUUUGACAUUACCGUAUAUUGAUCAAGCACAGACUAUGGCGAAGGUCAGAUAAACAGGAGAAUUUUAUUCAGCGUUUUAGUGACUCGUAUGUUGUUUGUGGAAUUGAAUUAUAUUAUUUUACUAGUUCCUUGAAGAUUGAAAAGGUAUAAAUACGACCACACGGGAAUCAAGUUACUUUGUCAAUGCUGCUCACCCACGAGACUAAUAUUACAAUGCAAUAGUCUGUUCAUUCUACUAUGUUGUUUCAAUGUAAAUGUUUAGAAGCAAGCAGUAAGUCGAAUUAAUAAUGGAAAUUAUUCUCAAUUCGGGAAAAAGAAUGCCAUUGAUAGGACUGGGAACUUGGAAGUCUGCGCCAAACAAGGUUAAAGAAGCCGUUGAGACCGCCAUUGAUGUUGGAUAUAGACAUAUCGAUUGUGCAUAUUUGUAUAAAAAUGAGCAAGAAGUUGGCACAGCUAUAAAUGAAAAGUUUAAUCAAAAUGUUAUAAAACGAGAAGAUAUUUUUAUCACAACGAAGUUAUGGAAUACUUUCCACAAACCGGCUGACGUGCUACCGGCAUUCAACGCGUCUCUCAACAAUCUUGGAUUAAAUUAUAUUGAUUUGUAUUUGAUUCAUUUUCCCUGUGGCUACAAAAACAGUGGACCGAAUGUUUAUCACCCGAAAGAUGAAAAUGGGGAUCACAUAUACGACGAUACAGAUUAUAUGAGCACAUGGAAAGAACUCGAAAAACUCUUGUCUUCAGGAAAAGUGCGAUCUAUCGGGGUGUCGAAUUUUAAUGAAUAUCAGCUGAAUAGGAUACUGAAUGAAGGUUCCAUUGUGCCGGCAGUAAAUCAAGUUGAAUGUCAUCCAUAUCUAUGUCAAGAUAAAAUGAUUGAAUUCUGUAAGUCACACAGCAUCGCUGUUGUUGGAUACAGUCCAUUUGGAUCACAGGAUCGUUACUGGGCAUGUCCUGAUGAAACAAGCUUACUCGACGAGCCGACGAUUGUUGGCAUAGCCAAAAGACACGGAAAAACUACCGCCCAGGUCAUCUUGCGGUUUAACAUUCAACGUGGUGUGACCGUCAUACCGAAGAGUGUAACGCCCUCUAGAAUCGAGAGCAAUUUCGAUAUAUUCAAUUUCACGUUGAACGAGGAAGAUAUGGACAGCAUACUGAAAUCGAAUCGAAACUGGAGAGCUCUUGAUUUAGUUUGGGACAAGAAGCACAAAUAUUAUCCAUUCAGAGAUAACUACAGCGAAUAAACAUUGCUGCUUAAGUACUUCA